GUAUUGUUGAUCCACUGCAAGAUAUUAGAUGGAAAAAUCUGAAAGUUCAUGUUACUACAGAUGCAGUCCAUGCUAAAGAUAGACUGAAUUUCAAUUCUCCUGAUCAAGAGAGCUUUGAAGUAAACGUACAAGAUAAAUUGGUAAAACAUGGGGACUUUUGGAGGACAUGCCUUACCAGGAAUUUUCUUUAUGUUCUUUGGCUUGUGGCAUGUAAUACAAAUAUAUCGAAGAUAUUAUCAAUGCAAACGGGAUAAUUUAAUGUAUACAACUUCCACAUGGUUCCCAAUAGACUGUUGUUGUGGCAAGCUCAAAGAAUUUCCUGUUGAAGUGGUUGUUAAGAUUUUCCUCAUAUCUGUUGCAUUUUCGCUGGAGAUUUACACAGGAUCUCAUAAUGGUGUAUUUGAUGCUCCAGGAAAUGAGCAGCAUGCUACCAUGUUUUUCUUUUUUGGAGUAACUGCAGUAUUUGAAAUUCUCCUUUAUUACAAAGCCAGCUUCCCACCUCUUCUCAACUAUGUGGGUUACACACUGUCUUUCAGUGUGGAAUUUGUGCUCUUUAAAUUUCAUCUACAUGGACGCUCCAAUAUGGAUGUCUUGUUGCACACGCUGCUUUUGUAUGUUAUUGGGGUCUGCAUAUUAUCAACACUUGCUGAAAUGAAAUAUCAACAUCAUGUGUUGGCAUCCUUGACAUCAAGCUAUGCCAUAAUGGUACAAGGGUCCUGGUUUUUACAUAUUGGUUUUAUUUUAUAUAAUCCUAUACCUGGUGCUGUAGCCUGGGAUCAAGAAAGUCAUAGACAAAUGAUGUCAAUCACAAGCUAUUUUGCAUGGCAUACAGGAUUCAAUUUGUUAAUAAUAGUGAUAAUUGGGGCUGUGAUAUCUUAUAUUUAUCAUAAAAAAUAUGGUUAUAAAGAUGAAGAUUCCACAGCCAUGAAGAGAUUAAUUCAUACCAAUUCAAAUGGACAAACUAUAGUAAAUAUGAAUGAUGAUAGUGAUGAUGAAGCUGAAUUUUGAAAGAUAUUUUUCCACACUUGACACAUAGCGUAAUAUUUUAAUAAAAAAAAAUACUAUAUCAAAAGUAUAGCAAAAUAUUUUUACUUCCACAAAUAGUGAUUUUUAGACUUAAAUGUUUAAUCAAGGCAUUCAAACACUAGUAUGCAAUUUAAAAGAAUAUGUUUGACACAUGUUCGAUAUUUUAUCAAUGCGAUAAAUGUAAGUUGUUGAUGAAUUAUAUUUGAAAGACAUUUUCAUUACAAAAAGACCGCCUUGCCUUCUGAUGUUUUAGAAUAUCUGUUUUUUAUAUGCUCACCUAUCCAAAAUGUAUGGAUUGUAAGUUUCAAAUGAUACAAAUUACAUAAUUGGUUUUUACUUUUUAUACAUCUACAUUUCAAUGUGAGAAAGUUUCAGUCAUGAGAUCCUGUGAUGUCAUAGCUGACUUCCAGUCAUUUUGUAUUUAAUUCUUCAUCCCUGAAGAAGUUAGUACUUGCACUGAUGUUGGAUAAAAAGAUGGUUUAUUGAUACUGUGUUGUACAUAUUAUUGUAUCACAUUUUAAUGUGGUUGUAUAUUGUUGUCACCUGUGUCCAUCCGUCAUCCAUAGUUGCCUGUAGAUGCUUUAGAGGCUAACAUUAUCAUUAGGUUGACUUAUACAGAGUGUUUGUUUUCAUGAGCCAAAAAAGACUUUUGAUUUUCAGAUAGUUAUGCCUCUUGAUUAAUUUCAACAAUCUUGUGGACGUUCUAGAAGCUAAAGUUAUCACCUGAUUGACUUGAUUUUUAUAGACAGUGUCUAUGUUCAUAAUAUUAAUUUCCAAUAAAGACCAUUGGAGUUAUUGCAAUUGAUCCAUUUGAAAUAUCUUGUAGACGUUUUAAAGGCUAAAGUUACCAUUCGAAUGGUAUGUUUCAUUAACAGAACACCCCAAUUGUUAAAUGCCACUUAAAGAUGUAUGUUUCAUUGUCUGGUUAUAACCUAUCUUUUAUUUGUUUUUCAAAUCACCAUGAAAGAAACAUGACUCACUGUUUAAGUUCUUGGUAAAUGAUAUUAUAUACAAUACUAUUAUGUAAAA